AUGGCUACACAUCAGACAGCUGCAGAUUUUUACAAGAGCUUGUCAUCAGAACCUGCCUUUGCAGAAAUAUUCACUAACAUCGACGAUGCUCACAAUUUUCGCCAGUGCCAACAGAAGCUCCUAACUAGCACCACGCGCAACUUUGUUCUCGAUUUUGGCGAUCAAGAUGCAUGGUGUGGAUUCGACUUGGAAAAGGAUGAGUUUAUGUCUCUGAUGAAGGAUCAGAGACCAAAAAUGUUUGGGACGAGGUGGAUUCAUCUAUGGGCUCCAGAAACACAGAAAGAAUCCGUCAACGCUCUUGCAAAUCAGUACGGGCUAUCCUACCGCCUAGUCAAGAUGAUGUGUUCAGAUCCCGUACGGCAAAUGAAUACCACUGUAGCAGAGCCGAACGUACUCGAGAUGUCAGUAUCUGCUGAUGAAUCUGAAGAGAAGACUCAACAUAAUGUGUCGUCUGGAGAUCUAGAAGGAGCCUAUCACCUUGACCGACUGGACCCUGUGGCUGCGAGUGCCGAAGUUGCUUCUCUUGGCUACCUGUCAUUCUCCAAUAUCAUCAAUCAGAUCUGGCAUUUCUGCUCGGUGGAUUACGGCCCAAAAUACACAUGUGUUGGGUACAAUUCCCUUUACACGGUCAAAAUAAAUGGCAAAAUCAUAGAGAAUGGAAAGGGCCUACCUGAGGGGAAAAGACUAUGGUGCUGGAUUAUAUUAUGUGAUGACGGAACUGUCAUCUCCAUGCAGGAAAACCCAUAUCCCGGACCAUACAUGCCAUCCAUCGAGGAAGAGAAAGUACUCAUAGCUGCCACUCGACGAAAUGUCGUUUCGAUUUUCUCUGGUGCAUCCAAACAACAUCCGCUAGUUUCUGACAAUGAGUCACUGGUUUCCGUACGCGUUCGCCAUUUCUCCAGUAUUGAGCCUGACGAGGCUAGUAUCAAACAAGAAGAUGGUCCUGGAUUGAUAUUGUACUACAUGUUCGACGACUGGGUAUCAAGCUAUCGCUUGGUGGCUCGCAGAGAGCACAAGUAUGGCGCGUUGCUGGAUGAAUUGAGGCGAAAUAUGUUGACGAAGCCCAAUGUUGACUUGGUGGAUGAUCUGCAUUGGCUCGGGCGGCGUCUUGCAAUCUUGAAGCAUCUCUAUCAGAGCUAUGAGUUAGUCAUCACGCGCAUUCUGCAACGUCAGCGUCUUUUGCGCGAUGAAGCCGCUCAAAUCCGACGCGAAAACCUUCACAAUGCGAACAUGUCCGGUGAUCCGGAAUAUUCUGAAGCAGCGCAUAUGUCUUUCAGCAUGGCAGAUGUAUCUAGAUCUUAUGACUUUACUGCAGGAGUGCAACUUACUUCAGCUGCAGUUGGCCGCUUCGAGCGCUUAGCAGACCGUAUUAGACUAUACUGUUUGAGUGAGAUCGAGACAUGCUUGACAGAGAAAGAAACACUGACAUUUAUGAAUUUCAACUUGAUAGCCCUGAAAGACUCUCAAGCGGUGGAGAAACUGACUCGCAUUACAAUUCUACUGGCAAAGGCUACGAUCCUUUUUCUUCCCAUCAGCCUAAUGUCCCAAUACUUCAGUAUUCAGAUUCCAGAUAUUGAAGGUCCCCUGUCUUUGCGUGCAUACUGGAUCUCAUUUGCAGUUUUGAUGGUACUGUCGAUUAGCGUUUUAACCCUAUUUGGCUAUGCUAGCGAUACAGUUGAAGGGAAAACGAUCUAUCGAUCCGUUACGAGGACGUUGUUCAAUUCUUCGAAGCAAAAGUCGAUGGAGCUCAUGUCUCAGAGGCGAGUGCAGCGAUGA